AUGUCCCGGGGCGGUUUCCGAGGUGGUGGCCGUGGCGGUCGUGGAGGAAGUCGUGGAGGACGAAGCGGCCCCCCUUUACCCUGGGAAUCCGAUGAAGUCGACGGCCGACCCUCGGAGACCUUUCCGCCCUACGCGUUCAAGCCAGCCGGAGCUUUAACCGACGCCGAAACCCGCUACCUCACCAACUUCCUCCUCUACCAGCGCCAAAUCCACGAAGGCCCCCUUUACACGAAAAAGCACACCCUCCGCGACCCCACCCGCCCACGCCGCAUCUACGACCAACAACAACGCAACCGCCAAUACGCCGUCAAAAGCAAAGCCACAACCGACGUCUUCACGGCCGUCGAAACAUGGUCCUCGCGCUUCAAACCCAACGAACGAAACCUCCCCGACUUCUCUUCGCGACCCUACGUGAAACGCAUGUUCCCCGCCGAACUGCACGAGACGCUCGACGGCGCCGACGGACCCAGGAAGAAGGGCGGGGCGCAAGGGGAUAGGAAAUUGAAGCUGAGCACGGCGACGUCGCUGCCUACGGCCGAGGAGGUGUUUAUGAUGAACGGGGCUAAGGGUGGAGAGGCGUUGAUGAAGAAGUUGGAGCUUGGGGAAAUGGGUGGUGAGGAAGGGGGCCAGGAGGAGGGGGCGUAUGACUCGGAGGCUGUAGAGGAGGAGGAGGAGGAUUAUGCAUAUGAUGAUGAGGAUGCGGGGGAUUAUGAUGCUGAGGCGUACUUUGAUGAUGGGGAUGGAGAUGGAGAUGAUGGCGAUGAUGGAGGGGACGAUGGGGGGUACUACUAG